AUGAGCGCCGAGGACAAGGCGGAAUUCAACACGGACAUCAGCAGGACGCGGACGAGGAGGCUCACAACACUCGCCAACGCCAAAGACCGAUGCGAGGUGUGCGGGACGCUGUUCUCGCGGCACUACAACCACAAGGCACACAUGGAGACGCACGACCCCAACCGACAACUGAAGCACCGGUGCCCGCGGCACACAUGCAACAGGGCGUUUAACCGGAACACCGACCUCGAGAGGCAUGAGAACACAGUUCAUCUCAAGAAGAAGGACUGGAAGUGCGUGCAAUGCGGGAACAUGUUUGGGCGCAAAGAUACACUGAGAAGGUAA